AUGGUAGAACUCACUCAGACCCCAUUGUUCCCAGAAAGCUCCAACAAAGCUUGUUCAAUUCCGCAGACGGCAAAACACGUCCAAUAUACCAAGAAGGAAGAACGUGAUGCUUCAGAGCUGCAGAUAACAUGGAACAGCGUCAUGGAUAAAGGAAAUUACCGCAGGAAAUCGUUGUAUACUCACGUUGCCGUUCUCGUUCUCUAUUGGGAGGAUGGCGACCUCGAUGUACAUGACGAAGUCAAGGAACUCGUUGACAUAUUCCAAAAACUCUUCAAUUACUCUGUCGACCACGGACCACUGAAAGGGCCCUAUGCUAACACUCACAUCAAUUUCCUUGUUGCAGAAUUCGUUCACAAGCAUAACGGGCGGGGAAAGCUGAUGAUCGUUUAUUACGCCGGCCAUGGACGUCCCGGAGAAUCUCAUGGGAGCCUUGAAUUAUUUGGGUCUGCAAAGCAUUAUUUUAGCCACGGGGAUGAGCGGCUACUGAUUCACUCUAGGAAAACCACAACACGUCCGUCAAAUGACGAGGUCAAUAAGCUGAUUUGGAACAACACUGAAAAUUUCUUAAAGGACGCCUGUGCGGACGUCCUGCAAAUCUUCGAUUGUUGUCAUGCCGGAGACCUCAUGUUCAAGCGGGGCUCUAGCAGAGCAUUCGAGUAUCUCGCUGCAACAAGGGCUGGAGAGCUCACCAAUGAGAAGAAGCGAUUCACAACAGUGGACCUGGGGCGAGAGAUCAAAGAUCACCAGCACUUUCCCGAAGAACAAGAACCAGUGCUAACUGAUCGCGAUGACAAUUCUGAUGUUGGCCGCAUCGAGCUUUACGCUCUUUCGGAGCAGGAUGCUACCGGGAGCACUGGCGCCGAAGACUCGCAAUUCAGCGCUUAUGAUGGUCGCGUCCUGACCCUACAUUUCGACUUCGGUUCUCAACCCUUGAAGCAAAACAUCCAAAAAUUAGGCGAGCGUCUUAACCGCGGAAGGCUCGAUCAACUCGGCAUCGAGAGGAUUCGCUGGGGAGGCAUGAAAGAAACCGGGUUCCGGCGGUCUGUUGAGGCUUUCCGCAAUCUCCGCCCGAGAGAUUUGACAACAGCUGAGCUCCACGACAUAGCUCUAACUCCUAUAUCUCGUGCAAGUCCUUUUUCGCGUGAGGAAACGACUAGGUGUGGGGAACCCGCGCUUGGAUCACGGUCAACCGAAUCUCCGGGUACAGAUAGCCCGCGCUUAACUGCGAAACGGAAGCCGAAGGAUUCCACGGGACGCGAGAAAAAGAGACGGAAAGGUUGA